ACAAUGAACGCGUGAUCCGAUUCCUGAAUUCUUCGAAUAUAUACGCACACCAGCUAGUCGGCGAGGGACCACCGGGUUACCCACGUGCGUCAUAUCGUGAGCGCCAGGGAAGAUCCAGUGAUGGCCAAAAAAGCACCUUUCGCCAGCGUGUUUGCCUACCAUCUCACUCUGGAAAUCACGAAAGCUCUCAUAGUUCCGCUCGUAGUCGCUCUCGCCACCCUGGCGAAGUCAAGCUUCCCUCACCCUGCUCGUUUGGCCUCGAAUACAGAUACCAAUGCUCGUGUCGAAGGGCUAUACAACCUCGUUAAUAGACGCAUUCCGCAACACGCUGGUGCAUUUAGGUUCACUCUAGCACCUGGGAAUACCACUGCUUUUGACACCUUCACCUUGAGAUGCUACCUUACAGAAUGAUAACUGUAGCGCGCAGAUCGACAUCGAAUGCAACUCGAUAAGUGCGUGUGCUCGAGGACUUUACACGUAUGUCACUGAGUUUGGAGGAGUGGACAUCUGG